AUGGCAACUCUAAAGAUAAAAAUUGGAGAUAAAAUUCCCGACGAUGUAUACUUCGGUGUACUCGGCGAAGGCGAGGAUGAUCCUCGCAAGAUUACCGCUCGAGAUGCUUUUCUGGACAAGAAGGUAGUUCUAUUUGGAAUUCCCGGCGCCUUUACUUCUGUCUGCAGUUCACAGCAUUUACCACAAUAUGUUGAAAAUGCAGAAAAAUUGAAAUCCAAAGGUGUCGAUGUGAUUGCGUGUAUUGCUGUCAAUGAUCCCUACGUUAUGAGAGAGUGGGCACACGCUCACAAAGUUGGUAACAAAAUCCUUAUGCUAAGCGACGGUGAUAAGGCAUUUUAUUCUGCGCUGGGACUCCUCCAAGAAAUUCAGUUCGCGGGAGAACGCGGAUACAGAUUCUCGAUGUUCGUGGAUAAUGGUGUGGUCAAGGUACUUAAUAUUGAGGAGCCAGGUUCGUCGAGUUAUAAAAUCUCCGGACCGGAACACAUGUUGGAAGAUCUGGAGAAACUUUGUAAAAAGUGA